GCGUAGAGGAUGUGUCUGGGAGUGUGAGAGGAAGGCCGUCAGUACAAUGGUUAUGUGCCUUCGUUCCUCCACCCCUUCUCUCUCUUUCGGGCUCUGAUCAUCCCCCUCGUUCAGUGGUGUUCUGGCCCUCUGGGUAGGCCACUGUUGGUGGUGGACAGGCGGACCGCUGAACUGAACUUAAAUGUCAGACGGAGACAAGAAUGGUGGUGACAAACCUGAAGAUGCGGCAGCGCUCCCAGAGGUGUGGCCAGAGGCGGAGAGGGCAGAGAGCUUGGCCAGGGGCGCGGCCCUGAAGUGGGCAUCGGGUGUGUUCUGUCGCCCUGAGCAUCUGGAGAGGUUAGGACAGUACCGCAAAAGGGAAAGCCAGAGGACCUCGUCCAUCCAGUCAAGACUCAAGUCAGUGGUCCAGUCCUACCUAGAGGGGGUGGGCUGGGGCCUGGAGCAGCUUCGUGAGGCCCGGGAAGAGCUGAAAGAGGUGUCCCGUGCCCUGGGGAAGGCAGGGGUGGAGUCCAGCAGAAACGCAGAGGGAGUCAAGGCUCUGGAGAUGAUGCGAGAAGUCUCUGUCAAUCACUGUCAACUCCUUGCUGCCGUUAGCAACCUGCCACGCCUCUACUCUGUACAGAGCAUGGUAUCGGAGACAGAGAGGCUGGUAGAAUCUCGCCGGCUCCUGGAGGCCCACGCACGUCUGAUGGAGCUAGAGUGCUGGCAGGAUGACAUCCUGUGGCAGCUCCAUGGAGCAGGGGCCCCUGGGACAGCAGGGACAGCCCUCAGUGUCCAGGAUGAGGAACUGGUCAGGAACUACUUCUCAGGUGUUGGAAAGCUGGUGGAGGCUCUGGGGAAGGAGCUGUGGGCAGUGGUGGGGAGUGGACUGGCUUUAGCCCGGCAGAACCCUACGCCGUUUGUGUCUGCUGUGAGGAUUGUGGAGCGAGAGGAGGCACUGGAUCAGGCCAUGUUGGAGGAGAGAGGAGGUGCAGGGGGGCACAGCAGGCCUCUUCCCUCUGGACGGCCACGCUGCUGGAGGGAGCGCUUCUUCCAAGUGUUGGAAGAGGCAGUGUCUGCACGUUUCCGUAGCGUCUCUUACCUGCACACCCGUGGGCCUGGCCUUGCAGGCCACCUGUCUGCCCUACAGCACGGAAUCAUGGGAGACCUGGACACGGUGCGCCACCUGCUGGACCACUGCGUUCCACCCCACUAUAACCUGACCAGGGCCUACCUCCGGGCCUGCCACCGCUGUCUACAGUCACACCUGGGCCAGGUCAGCGGAUGGGAGCUGGAGAGCGGGGAGAUCUUUGCUGUUCUUAACUGGGUCCUACACAUCUACAACAGCUCAGAUAUGAUGGGGCAUCCAGACCUAAUGGUGGAGAUGGAGUCAGAGGAGCUGGGACCCCUGAUCUCCCAGGAGUGUCUGGAACAGCUGCAGAACAAAUACGUACACAGUGUGCGGAAAAGUGUGUCUGAGUGGAUGCAUAAGGCCCUGGAGGUGGAGCUGACAGACUGGCAGAGAGACCAGGAACCAGACACAGACCACGAAGGCUUUUACCUCACCAGCCUGCCAACCAUCAUCACACAAAUGCUGGAGGAGAAUGCACGGGUGGCUCUGAUGGUUAGUGAAUCACUUCGGGAUCAGACCAUACAGAUGGGGCUCUAUGAGAUGGAGAACCUCCUCAAUAGGUUUCGGGAGGCUCUUGUGGAAUUUGGGAAGGAGCACCGCAGGGAUCAGAGCACAAAUCAAAACAAGUUCUACCUCCAUUAUCUACUGGCCUCUAUAAGCAACUGCAUCAUCCUCAAAACCUCCACAGAGAGUUUGCAGCAGCAGCUCUCGUCCCGUUCAGCCAGCCGGUUCUCCCGGACUCCCCCCGGCCCCCUGGCUGCUCUGGACCGAGCAGUGAGGAGGGCCUGCCGCCUGGUGAUGGACCAGCUGCUGCUAGAGCUCCAGCCCUUCCUGCAGGGACUACUGUCUCGCUCCUGGCUGGCCCAGGGAGACGUCACGGUUACCCUGAAGUUAUGUGGAGUCCUGGAGCGCCAUUUUGAGCUGUAUAGUCGUGUUCGCCCACCCUGCCGGCAGCGUUUGCAGGAAGAGUGCCAGUGGCUGACGGUGGUGGAGUAUGUGAGGGUGUUGAUGCAGAAGAGGCUGGUGUGUCGGAAUGCAGAGGAGCGGCGCCAGCUGGCCCAGAGAAUGGCACUGGAUGCCCAGCAUCUGAGGGAUCUCUUCCAGGGCCUGGUGGAAGUGGAGGGAUCAGUGAGUGAGGUGAACCCAAUGGCUUUACUGCCUGUUCUGGCUGACUUCAUCCGGCUUAAAGACCCUAGCAUGCUUACGCUCGAGGUGUCUGGACUGGUGGCCAAGUACCCUGAUAUCAGUGAUGAGCAUGUGUCAGUGUUGCUGGAUGUUAGGGGAGAUGUUUCCAGGGAUGUGAGGGGUACAGUUCUGGACCUCCUGGAGCAGAGCACUCCUCCUCUUCCUGCUGGCUACCGACCCAUCUUCUCUGACAUCCUGGUCCCUACUCCUAGCAUGCCAUUCUGUCUGCCUACUGCCAAGUGUGCCUGACUACAAUUUUGCAGCCUUUAAAUCCACACAACACACAGCUUGUAAUUCAUAAGUUAUAUCAACUUUAUAAUACAUCCAUCCACCGCAUAGUGGAUUGUAUAUCAAGCUUGAUGGUCUGCAGAGUUCAAAUGUAUGUUUAUUGGUCUUGUACACAGUUUAGCAGGUGUUAUUGCAGAUGCAGUCAAAUGCUUGUUCAGCUUCACAGGGUGGUACUAUGGAUAUUGUCUGGUGAGAUGGUCUUAAUGAAUACAUUACAAUUCCAAUGUAAAAUCAAUCCUUUUGAUGUUCUAAAUUGAUUGUUACCACAAGAGACUGUACCUACAGAACAUCGGGGGACACCUGUAAUGUGAUGUAUUUUACUGUAUUAUUCAUUGUAUGUAUAUUCAGAUGAACAAUACAUUCUAACUGAAAA